UCAUGCUAUAAUAAUCUUUUCAUAUUUAGCCUUCUUCUACUUAUAAUUUCUAGCUCUCAUUUUUUUCUUUUUCCCAAUAAUUUUUUCUUUACUUCCCAUUUUGGUGGAAAGAAUAAUAUGGAGAUAGAAGCAGCUAGUGGAAGCCAAGUUGGCGGUGGUGGCGGUGGAAGAGGGACUUAUCUAGUGUGGGAGGAUCUAACGGUGGUGCUGCCUAAUUUCCGAAAUGGACCAACAAAGAGGUUGCUCAAUGGUCUCAGUGGGUAUGCUGAACCAGGAAGAAUCAUGGCUAUUAUGGGUCCCUCUGGCUCUGGAAAAUCCACCCUUCUUGAUUCAUUAGCAGGAAGACUCUCAAGAAAUGUGGUAAUGACUGGAAAUAUUCUCUUCAAUGGAAGCAAGAAAAGACUUGAUUAUGGUUCCGUUGCUUAUGUGACACAAGAGGAUGUGUUAUUGGGAACACUGACAGUUAGAGAAACAAUAAAAUAUUCAGCUCAAUUGAGGCUUCCAACUUCAAUGAGCAAAGAAGAGGUCAAUGGCAUUGUGGAGGCAACAAUCAUGGAAAUGGGGCUUCUUGACUGUGCUGAUAGGUUGAUUGGAAAUUGGCAUUUGAGAGGUAUCAGUGGUGGGGAGAAGAAGAGAUUAAGCAUUGCUCUCGAAAUUCUAACUCGGCCUUGCCUUCUGUUUCUUGAUGAACCUACAAGUGGCCUUGAUAGUGCCUCAGCUUUCUUUGUCAUCCAAGCGCUUAGAAACGUUGCUCGUGAUGGAAGAACUGUUAUAUCGUCGAUUCACCAGCCAAGUAGUGAAGUUUUUGCACUCUUUGAUGAUCUUUUCUUGUUGUCAGGUGGUGAAACUGUUUAUUUUGGAGAAGCAAAGAUGGCUGUAGAGUUCUUUGCUGAGGCUGGUGUUCCGUGUCCUAGUAGGAGGAAUCCUUCUGAUCACUUCUUGCGCUGUGUAAAUUCAGAUUUCGACAAAGUUACUGCCACACUCAAAGGAUCUCAAAGAAUGCGUGAUGUCCCGAAUUCAGCGGACCCUCUCUUGAAUUUGGCAACGGCAGAAAUCAAAGCAAUGCUUGUCGAGAAAUACCGGCGCUCCAAGUAUGCAUCGAGGACAAAAGCCAAGAUUCGAGAAAUCUCAGCCAUUGAAGGCCAUGCGAUUGAAAGCAAAGGUGGAAGUCAAGCAAAUUGGUUGAAGCAACUCUCAACGCUGAUUCGAAGAUCAUCUGUGAACAUGUCCAGAGAUGUUGGAUACUACUGGUUAAGGAUAAUGAUCUAUAUCGUUGUAUCCAUUUGCGUUGGUACUAUCUACUUUGAUGUUGGCAAUACCUACACUGCAAUCUUUGCUAGGGGAGCUUGUGGUGCUUUUAUAACAGGCUUCAUGACAUUCAUGUCUAUUGGAGGCUUCCCAUCCUUUAUAGAAGAAAUGAAGAUCUUCUAUAAAGAAAGGCUUAACGGGCACUAUGGAGUUGCAGUGUUCAUCCUAUCCAACUUCAUCUCUUCAUUUCCAUUCUUAGUUGCAAUUACACUUUCAACUGGCACCAUUACUUUCUACAUGGUGAAAUUUCGGAAGGAGUUUUCGCAUUAUGUGUACUUCUGUCUUAUUAUCUUCACCAGCAUUUCUGUUAUAGAGAGUCUCAUGAUGGUUGUAGCUUCAUUGGUUCCCAAUUUCCUCAUGGGAAUUAUAACAGGAGCGGGAAUUAUUGGCAUCCUGAUGAUGACCUCUGGAUUCUUUCGAUUGCUGCCUGAUCUUCCCAAGCCAUUUUGGCGCUACCCAAUUUCAUUUCUCAGUUAUGGUUCAUGGGCAAUACAGGGUUCUUACAAGAAUGAUCUGCUUGGGCUUGAAUUUGACCCUCUAGUACCGGGUGAUCCAAAACUGAAUGGCGAAUUCAUAAUAACAAAUAUGUUCGGAAUAAAAUUAAGCCAUUCCAAAUGGUGGGACUUAGCAGCCAUUAUAGCCAUACUUGUACUUUACAGAGUUCUCUUCUUUAUCAUUCUCAAGUUCAAGGAAAGAGCAUUACCAUUAUUUCGGACAUUUUAUGCCAAAAAGACACUUCAACAGCUUGAUAAAAGGCCUUCCUUCAGGAAAAUGCCUUCUUUCCCUUCCAAAAGGCAUGAAGUUCCCCACUCACUGUCUUCUCAAGAGGGUCUUAGCUCUCCACUUCCUUAGAAGGCAUGAACAUAAAUGAAUUGUAUGUGGAGCAGCUUGUUAAAAGUUUGUUAAACAACUCAAAAUCUCCAAUAUGCUUUACAGGAAAUCAGAACCAACCAAAAAAAAAAAAAAAAAAAAAAAAAAAAAAACAUUUUUUUUUUUAUUGUUAUACAGGAAAUGUUAUAUGUUCUUUCUGAUGGAUAUAUGAGGAGAUAUAGUUUCAUACUUGGGAUAUAAUUCCCAACUUUGUAAUAAUUUCUUUUUGUAGACUCAUAUUACUUUGUAUAGGUUUUAACUAGUAUAAGAUUUUAUGGUCCAUAUUGUUGUGAACUAUUCAAAGUUAUAUGCUAAGAAAUUCCAUAUAUAAAAAGUGAAAUUGUUUCCUUUA